GCCGCCGCCUGUGCGCCCCGCUCCGCCCGCACGGCUCUCCUUGCCGGCUCUGCCCCGCGCCCGUGCCCGCGCCUGCCUGGCUCCCCAUGGGCAGAGUUGCUGAGACACCCGUGAAGCCCCGAGAGUGCGCCGGGCCGGAGUCGCGCGGGAACUAGGACCUGACCUUGCCGAGCGCCGUGUCGCCCACCCACCCGGCAGGAGCGUCGCGGCAGUGGCACCAUGGCCUUCUCCCAGGUGCAGUGUCUGGACGACAACCACGUCAACUGGCGUUCCAGCGAGUCCAAGCCCGAGUUCUUCUACAGCGAGGAGCAGCGGCUGGCGCUGGAGGCCCUGGUGGCCCACGGCCGCGACGCCUUCUACGAGGUGCUGAAGCGGGAGAACAUCCGUGACUUCCUCUCGGAGCUGGAGCUCAAGCGCAUCCUGGAGACCAUCGAGGUGUACGACCCGGGCUCGGAGGACCCGAGGGGUGCCGAGUGGCCCCGGGAGACCCCGGAAAAUGGGGUUGGUGACAGCGAGGAGGCCAGCAGGGCCACUGGGACCCCCACGGGGGCCGAGCCGCUGCCUUCUCUGGAGUACUGGCCCCAGAAAUCCGACCGAUCCAUCCCGCAGCUGGACCUGGGCUGGCCGGACACCAUCGCCUACCGUGGCGUGACCCGGGCCAGCGUUUACAUGCAGCCCCCCAUCGACGGGCAGACCCACAUCAAAGAGGUGGUGCGCAAGAUGAUCAGCCAGGCCCAGAAGGUGGUAGCCGUGGUCAUGGACAUGUUCACGGACGUGGACAUCUUCAAGGACCUGCUGGAGGCUGGCUUCAAGAGGAAGGUGGCCGUGUACAUCAUCGUGGACGAGAGUAACGUCAAGCACUUCCUGCACAUGUGUGAGCGGGCGCGCAUGCACCCGGGGCACCUCAAGCAUCUCAGGGUGCGGAGCAGCGGGGGAACGGAGUUCUUCACACGGUCGGCCACCAAGUUCAAGGGUGCCCUGGCCCAGAAGUUCAUGUUCGUGGAUGGAGACCGAGCCAUCUGCGGUUCCUACAGCUUCACGUGGUCGGCCGCACGGACAGACCGCAACGUGAUCUCCGUGCUGUCGGGCCAGGUGGUGGAGAUGUUUGACCGGCAGUUCCAGGAGCUCUAUCUCACGUCCCACGGCGUCAGCCUCAAGGGCAUCCCCAUGGAGAAGGAGCCGGAGCUGGAGCCCAUCGUGCUGCCCUCCGUGGUACCGCUGGUGCCCUCGGGCACCAUAGCUAAGAAACUCGUCAACCCCAAGUACGCGCUGGUCAAGGCCAAGAGUGCCGAUGAGAUCGGCAAGACGUCCUCCGAGCGGCAGGAGGUGAAGAAGCCGGUGGGGCUGCGGGGCGCGGCGCUGGCCGAGCGGCCCGGGGACCUGGCGGAAGUGCCACCUCCUGUCCAUCCUGGGCUGCUCCACCUGGAGCGGGCCAACAUGUUCGAGUACCUGCCCACGUGGGUGGAGCCAGACCCGGAGCCCGGCAGCGACAUCCUGGGCUACAUCAAUAUCAUCGACCCCAACAUCUGGAACCCCCAGCCCAGCCAGAUGAACCGCAUCAAGAUCCGGGACACGUCCCAGGCCGGCACCCAGUUGUGGAGGCAAAGCCUGGACCGUGGCCCCACCCCUGAGCCCAGCACCCCCCAGGACGGGGUCCUGGCUGAGGACGCUAAGAACGGCCUUCCCCAGGGGGACCCUGAGCCGCCACAGCCCCCCGUGCCCAAGCCCCGGACGGUCCCUGUGGCACAGCUGCUUGCCCAGGACAGCGGCGGUGGCGGUGUGGACUGGGCCCCGGAGGCGCCAGAGGAGGAGACACCCCAGAACGGGACGGACCAUGCGCUGCCCAGGAUCCUGAGCCUGGGCCAUGCUCCGCUCCAGCGGCAGGCGUCUGUGACCCAGGAUGACCCUGACGGCCACGAAGCGAUGAUCCCCAAUGGGCUAGAUGGGGAGGAGGAUGAUGACGAUGAUGACUACGUGACCCUCAGUGACCAGGACAGCCUCUCCGGCAGCUCUGGCCUUGGCCCUGGCCCCCGGCGGCCCUCGGCGGCCUCCUCUUCUGUGUCAGAGGAGUACUUUGAGGUGAGGGGGCGCUCGGCCCCUCUGCAGAGGCGCCACUCAGAGCUGGUAGCCAACGGGCCGGCCCAGCCCCCCCGACGACAGCUGAGUGCCCCCCACAUUACCCGCGGGACCUUUGGUGGACCCCUGGGUGGCUCGGCGUGGGCCCCAGGUCGGGAGAGAGAAGAGGCGGGUAUCUCCAGGAGGAUGCAAGCUCCGCAUGCCACGGACAAGGUCACACAGGGCCAGCAGAUUUCCCAGUAUAGAGUCCCUGCGUCAGGGACCAGGGAUAAAGACGGCUUGCUGCAGCCCAUGAGGACCUCGGGGCCCCUGCGGUACCGCCCUGCUGCUGAUGGCGCCCAGAGCUCGACCAGGAGAGCGAGCCCAGCCACAACGAGCCCGAACACCUGGCAGGCCAAGGGUGGCCCCGUGCCCCGCAGGCCGGCAGAUCCCAGGAUCCCACAGCCGGCCCGAAAUGCCAGCCCCCAGGCCGAUGGCAGGGUCUCAGAGGAGCCUCCAAGUCCUUUUGGAAUCCCGUACUCCAAACUGUCCCAGUCAAAGCACCUGAAGGCCAGGACGGGCAGCGGCCAGUGGGCCUCGUCUGAUUCUAAACGGAGGGCCCAGGCCCCCCGGGACCGCAAGGACCCCUAGUGCCCUGUCCCCGGGCCUGGGGCUCAGCGGUCCGUGGCCUGUGCCCCAGCCCAGACUCACCAAGAGGGUGUUCCUGGGGCCGCGCAGAGCCCACCCCGGACGGAAGGCAGGGAGGUGGGAUGGGCAGCGACAUCACACUCACCUGGUCAGUGCACCAGUACCAGGUGGCCAUGAUGGUCAGACCGAAGGUCAUCCCAGUCCACGGGAGGUCCCCUGUGUAGGGGUCCCGGAACAUGUGCAUAGCGUCUGCACGUGGCAGGUGGCAGGUUGUGUUGGCGACUGUCCUGGAAGGGAUGGCCCGGGCAUAGGCUGCCGCCAGCUGCUCGUACCCGCCGAUAUGGUCAAAAGCUGGAGGGGGGAGGGUGGGGCAGGGACAGGUGGGUGGCUGAUGGCCCUGACUCUGGGCCCCCACUUACCAGUGCAUCGAACUUGACUUUUUCCCAUUCACCUUUCCCAGUGUCUGGAAAGGAUUUUGGAGGGUAGAGGGUUUUACAAGACAGGAGAAUUCAAAGGACUAUUUUAUUUGUAUUUAAAAAUAAUACUAUUAAAUGAGCAUUUUGCACACGGACACCACAGUGUCCUCUUGGCCCCUGGAUGCCUUUGGCCUCAGGCCGGGGUUCUCUGCCCAGCUUCAGACUGUCGAAUCAAGGAGGCAAAAGUAUUUUUUGGCAUUGGAGGACCUUCCCGGGGAGUCUGACAUGUUUAAGUCCUGACCUGGGGCUUCUAAAGGAUGUGAUUUGGGCAGAGCUGAGGAUGGCUGGCAUGUAGCACCGAGAACAGAAACAAGUCCCAGAAGGGACAGGGGCGUGACCAAGGCCACAUGGCCCGCCGGCCUGGGCUCGAGCCAGAAGUCUUCCCUCUCGAGACCAGACCACCUUCACUCCCUCACUGUUCCCGUCUACCUCGGGGUCAGGGCCCUGUGUGGCCAAGCGCUGGCCCACCUGCGCCUUCUGCUGUCUGUAAUCACUCCCCUCCCGUCCAGGUGGGGCCUGGCUGCCUGGAGCCCCGGCAGGGGUGAGUACUCAGGCCGAACAUACAAACGAUAUUCAAAGAUCGGAAAUUGACAGGCUACAGGAGCCUACAGUCUGGGUCCAGAGGAGGCUUUAAAGGCCUCUGUGUUCACCCUCUGUGGGAUCCCCUUGGCUCUGAUUUCAUACUUCCCAGGACAGGGAGUUCACUACCUAUUUAUUGAAGGAGCUCUCUGAGCUCUCUCCCAGUUCCCAGACAAAUAUCACUGACCUGUUUAGCCCCUCUUCCCUCCCCCCUGCCAUCGUCCAGCAGCCUGCAGCAGCGUUUCUGGGCAUCACGCACAUGAUUUUAAACAGCUAGAGCUGAUGCCGGGCAGUUUUUGAGGUCUCCUGACGGUGUGGACACCUGCUCUCGGCCCUACCUCACCACCUAGCCCUGAGCCAGGGCGGGUACAGUGGCCCUGCGUCCUUGAGUCCCUUGGACACUGGCCCGAGCCAGCCCGGAGCUGGUGGCAAGUGUCAGCUGGGCGGCGGAUGUGGGAAAGGGACACGCAGCCUCUGUCACCCAGGGGAGGCCGAUGGGGGGCUGUCUGCCUCGUGCCUUGCCCUUGUGAGUCCACCCCCACCCCCGCCUGGUGCUGACACCUGGGUCCUAACAGGGCAGACCCCCGAGAGCAGUGGCUGCUGGGAUAGCCCCCCCCUGGCGCCCCUCACCUUUGACAGUCAGGAUGACGGCCCCCACCACCAUGAUGAGCGUUUGCAGGGCGUCCGUGUAGAUCACAGCAGCCAGACCCCCUGUGGGUAGAAAAAAGGAAGCUGGAGAAGGCUGUGCCUCAAGGCGGGAGGGCCGGCUGUUCCACACACGUGUCCCCUGCCCGCUCACGGGUCAGCUGUGAGACCGCGCAGCUGGGCUGGCGGAGCCCGAGUCAAAUCUCCACCGGCCAGGCUGUGCGAGGAGGGGACCCCCAGCUCCCGCCCGCCUCUCCGGCUCCUGUACGCAUCUGCCCCGCCACGUGGACGCCGGGGCUGGCGGUCAGGUCCCCCCUCCGCGGCCCCGCCGCCCCCCGCCAGGGCGCCGUACCUGCGAUGGUGUACACAGCGGUGAUGGCCAGCAUGAGGAUGGUGGAGAGAUAGAAGUUCCAGCCCAGACAGACGUGCACGAAGAGGGCCCCUGCGUACAGGUCGAUCUGGGGAGGGGAGAGGAACUUGUGCGGGGGCCCAAGGUGACCGCGGAACCCAGGGCCCUGCUCACUCGGCGUGUGGCCUCAGUGCCCCGUGGACAAGGCGGGAGAGACCCCCCCACGCACCCGCCGCCGCUGCCGCUGCGAGGGUGGGAGGAGUUCAUGGCUGUGGACGAGCGGUUGGGGAGGGGGGGAUGCUGCUGUGUUAAUAAAGUCCCAAGUGGCCGAUGUCCACCAA